AUGUCUUCAUUGCAGUGCUCCUAUAAUCCUUUCGAGCCUUGGUGCAAUAAUAACCGUAUCAAUUUUCCAGAUUUUAGCCCAUCUUUGAUGAAAAAAUUAUCCACACCAAACAAGCCAAAGACUAAAACAUUUCGAUGGAGUAUUGAUCAAAUUGCAGUAAUGAAUCCCGCAGAUAUUGAUGAGCAAACAGACCAAGAUUCAACAGUUUUAUUGUCUAAAGAACAAGAAGAAGAAUCCCAAAAUGCGAUAGAAAGUUUUUUUAGUCAAAAUCUAAUUGCUCCGUCACCUUGGGUAAACAAAGAAUCAAAGAAUUCACAUACUAAGAGCCAAAGUUCAGCAAAAUCGCCUUUUAUGCCGGUUAAUUCUACAGCAUUGUUUGUUACGCCUGAGAGUUGUCAAAAUUCCACUAGCCAGAAAGCUUAUAAAGAUAUAUUAUUGUCAUCACUACGUAAGAAGUUAUUUCUUCAAGGAAAUGCUACUAGUAUGUGUCAAUAUCAAAAUUCCUUCACUAAAUCACCAUUAGUAGGGUGUGAGAGGAUGAGUCUUAAUACUAGCUGUCGUAGUGAGAGUAUUGAUAAUAGUACUAUCGGUCCCAUGUCUUUGGGUGAAUUGGCAUUAUCUUCUCAGGAAUCAAGCUAUACAUCAGACUGCAGUCAAUUCUCUUCAACUCCAGCUCGAUCAUCAAUGAUAAAAGCGGAAAUGCUUUGUAUUGAUAUAUCUCCUAUUCCAAGUAAUAGCCCAUAUUUGCAAGGCGAAUUAAAGUCUCGCGAUACUGGCCAUAUAAUGGACGCAUCUGUCAGGAAACUAUCGUUUGAUGAUGUACUAGAAUAA